GCGACGUAUCGAUGGUUCAGAAAAGCGACGCUAUACAGCGCCCAGUGUGGGCAAACGAGACUAGGCUUGGAAAAUAUCAGCACGCAGAGGAGGUCUUAAAUGAAACUGGAAUAUUUUACCUUGUCAGAUCGACGUACACUGAAGUAGACACAUUGUGGGGCACAAAUUUUUCUUGCGUCAGCAUGCGACACGACAUCGAAGACAACAGUACGACUUAUUUCUCAUUCAAAAACUCGUCAGAGUCGCCAAAAUUCUAUACGCUAAAUAUGUCAACUACACUAACUACGACGUUUGGGUACAAUAGGUCUAACGCCAUUCAGUACCAGCUACCAAACUGCUCACUUGUAAAUAAUACAAUCAUAUUUACUAGUAAGGAAUGCACACUUAUGAGUGUCGAAUAUGGAAAUGAAAACACUGACUACAAUGACGCCAAAGGAUGUGAACUCUGGGCCAGCGAAGAACACCUCAAGAAUGAUACUGUCCCUGUAUGUUGUUACUUUUUAUUUGAUAUGCUCUGUGCGCAACAAGGAACUUACGACCUAUACGAAAAGGAGAAGUGCAAGAGUGACUCAGUGGUCCCUGUUGCUUUAUGAUAUCAUGUUCCUCACGUUCACAGCAACAGAUAGGGUUAACAUUUAGCAUGGAAUGUUGGUCACAUGUUGCACUGUGACGCGCAGGAGUGUUUAUUCUACAUAUAAAUGACAAUAUGUAUUUAAAAUAAAGCUUAC